UCGUAAUUUCUCGCGGCUUGCGCGAUUUGACGCGAUGUUAUUUCGAUGGAAAAAAUCUGAUGACUACCGAAUAGAUUAUGGUUUCGAAUUCUUACCAUGUGACUGUCAUGUGAUUUGGAUUGACUCAAAAAAGAAGAUGUUGUUCAGAGCAGUUCUACUUUCGGUUCCUUUGUUGUGUUUUGUUGUAUCACCAUCAACAUCAACUUUGGUUGAUGAUUAUAUGGUAAAGUUUGGAGGAAAUGGUGGAAUAUCGUGUGCAACAUGUUCUGUGAUUGUGAGUUUGACGGAACAGCUGUCAGUGAUACACAAUGAGACUAUCCUACAUUCCCUGGAGCGUCUGUGUAACUACCUCCCAGACAAAUACAGACAGCAAUGUCAGAUAUUCGCUGAUUUCUUUGGAAGUAUUCUAAUCAAUAGAUUUACAAAGGAAGAUAGCCCGGACACAUUUUGCCAUAAGAUUGGAUUCUGUUACUCAGAUACAGGAAAACAAGAAUGCCACAUCUUUCCUAAACCAAAGUCUAGGAGUCCACGAAGUGUUCAUUCAGGAAUUGUCAAAGAAGUUUUAACUUAUGAAAUGAAACAAACUCCUUACAAGAUAAAACCAGUUCCCAAGAUAUGUGAUUUACCAGGAAUAAAAGCUAUUUGUAAUUGGAUAGCCAUGAUAUUUGAGAAACAUGAUCCUGCUGUUGACCUGGACGAUGAUAGAUUCAGUACAUAUGCAACACUGCGUGGAAGCUCCUGGAGGGGAAAAGACUGUGAUGAUUCUCGCAAGGACAUUCACCCAGGAAGUCGGCCGAUUCAGUCGGACAAGGACAGAGACAGUAAUUGUAACGGUAUCCUGGGAGUUGAUCCUGUCAGUGGCCAAACAUACGAGGACCUGUACUGUAAAGAAAGCCAAGCCAGAGGUGUGAUCGUCCUUGGAGACUCCCUAAGUGCCCACUUCCACAUUCCUAGGGAGUGGCUUAACACCACGGAAAUAUCAGCAGCAGCUUUUGAGCCUUUACCUUUCAUCCUCGAGAAUGAAUUUGAUUGGCCAGAAUUAUCAUCCAUCACAGGUUACAAAAACACCACCUUCACUAAUGUGAUUCAUGGCCCAAUGAACUCUGUCUACAACUAUUUAUGGCAAAGGAACCGCUGCAACCACAGGGAUUACCAAAACCUGAGUGUUAAUGGUGCCAGGUCAAGUGCAAUGGCUGACACAAUUCAGAAAAGCCUGUUUCGUAACCAGACAACAGACAAGCCUGUCACCGUUUUCUACGCCUUAAUUGGAAAUGAUGUUUGCAACACUCAUCCAGACACCUUUGCUCACAUGACAACACCAGAACAGAUGAGGAACAACUCCAUGAGAACUUUAGAAUUUUUGGGGAAAACCCUGCCUGCUGGGAGCCAUGUUUUCCUCGUAGGAUUGGUAGAUGGAAGGGUUCUGUUUGACAGUCUCAAGGAUAGAAUUCAUCCGAUUGGUUCCCUCCGGAAUGAUGUCACUUACUCCGACUUCUACAAUUACUUCAACUGCUUAGAGAUAUCUCCAUGUGUUGGAUGGCUGAAUACCAAUGAAACAAUUAGAAAUAUGACCACACAGAGAGCUGAGCAACUGAGUAAUGUCCUGAAGCAGGUGGCAGAGACAGAGGCAAAUAAGUACCACAACUUUAAACUGAACUACAUGGAAAACCCUAUUUUUCAAGCUAUUAAACAGUUUGAGAAACUUGGAUAUCAUAUUUGGGACGCACUAGAACCUGUGGAUGGUUUUCAUUCAAAUCAGCUUGGUCAAGCAUUCUCAGCACAAGUGAUGUGGCAGAACUUGGAGACUAAGUAUCCAGAUGCCAUUGGUCCCAUCAACCCGUUCAACAAGAAGAUCCAGACUAUUUUUGGGGACCAAGGAGGCUACUGAGCAUGUGCAAUAUGACAUGAUUUGAGACUAUGGCAUACAUUCUGUUUAUAAAGGAGCUUUAUUUUUACCUAUAGCCAAAACUAUCUGAUAUCAAUUAGCUUUCAACCAAUACUUGCCUUACCAUAAAUCUUAACUGAUUCAAACUGUGAUAAUCAUAUGUUCCGAGAUUUCUCUCCAAAACCGACAGUAUUAUGUACAAUGUAUAAUUCGUUAAAAUUGAACAAGAUGUUGUGUAAUAUAGAUAAAUUUUGACAGAAAAUGGACCUUACAAUCUUUAGUACGGGUAUAAUGUUUAAUAUCAUGUAUUUAUAUAUAUCAGCCAUCAAAAAGUGACAGUAUUAUUUUAUCAAGAGAUGGUGGGCUUUUCAAAUCGCCUUGAAUCCGUGGUCUGUCAACCUUUAGGCAUCCGCCUGGCCUCUAUCAAUCAUCCGUCAUUCGUCCCUCCAUGCAUAAACGAUCUUUGUUAUCGCCAUUUCUUGAAAAGUACAGGCCUGGAGGGAUAUUCCUCAAACUUCAUAUCUAGGUUCCUCUUAGUCCCUAGUUGUGACAUUUGAAUUUAGAUUUUUGAUCAGAAAAACAAAAUGGCAGACAGAAGGCCAUCUUAGAUUUUGAGAUUUGAAGUUACCUCUAUUUUUCAAAAAGUGACAUGGUGACCGGGCCAGAGAAAACUCG